UUCACAGAAUUUUCAAUUAUUCAUGUGGAUUUUUUUCCUUUUAGAGUUGAUCUCUCUAAUGUAUUAGAUCUUCAUGCCUUUGAUAGUCUCUCUGGAAUAAGUUUGCAGAAAAAACUUCAACAUGUGUCAACCACACAAUCUCACCUUGAUCAGAGUAUUGUUACAAUCACAUUUGAGGUACCAGGAAACUCGAAGGAAGACAGUCUAAAUAUAUUUAUUCAGAAUCUCCUGUGGGAAAAGAAUGUAAGAAACAAGGACAAUCGCUGCAUGGAGGUCAUACGACUUAAGGGGUUGGUGUCGAUCAAAGACAAACCACAACAAGUGAUUGUCCAAGGUGUCCAUGAACUCUAUGACCUGGAAGAGACUCCAGUGAGCUGGGAAGAUGACGCUGAGAGAACCAAUCGAUUAGUCUUUAUUGGCAGGAAUUUAGAUAAGAAUAUUCUUAAACAACUAUUUAUUGCUACAGUGMCAGAAACAGAAAAGCAGUGGACAGCACAGUUCAAAGAAGAUCAAGUAUGUCCAUAACACUAGAAGCAUUUUUUAUCAAAAGGACCAGAUGGUAAAAAUGAGAAUAAGUUCCUACUGG